AUGGUUGGGGUUCCCGGACGCUCCAAGGGUUGCAACACGUGCCGGAAGCGAAAGAAGGGCUGUGUGAAGGCGGGGAUCGAGUGCGCGGGCUAUGAGAGGAAGCGCAUCUUCGUCAACGUCACAAACCCGGCGGAGGCCGGCUGGGUCUCCAAGGCGCUGGUCCCCGUCGUCCGAGAAGUCACUCAGGCGCCCUCCCUGUCUCAGUCCGCCUUCGAAGACAAGAUAUUCGAUCUGUUCUGGGAAGGCUACAUGCCCGAAGCCCCGCUGUGCGCCCCCGGAAGUCCCAUCGUGAGGUUUGCCAACGCAGACUGGGCGACGACAGUCCGCGACCUCUACCGCACCGACACGGCUCUGCGGCAGAGCCUGUUGGCGCUGAGUCUCGGGACCAUCGGCCGACGAGACAAGCAGCAGUGGAUGAUCGACGACGGCCUCAAGUUCUACUGCGAUGCCUUGAGAGAGCUGAACGUGGCCCUGCGACAUCCGAGGAGGUGGAAGUCGGACGCCUUGAUCUUGGCUUCUAGGAUCCUUGGCUUCUACGAGGUCAUCUCGCACGUCAAGCGCAGACGCAGAUGUCCGCUCAGCCACCCCGUUUGGAAGACGGUCCCAUGGCAGACCACCCCAAAGACCCCGAAGGACGUCCUUGUCGACAUCUUCGUCGACGUGCCCGGCCUCCUUGAAGAUUUAGAUCGCCUGAGGAGCUGCCAGGAUGACGCCGUCAAAGAGCGACGGCGCAGCAAGCUCAUCAAGGAAUGCUGGCGCAUGGACGGAGAGCUCCAGUGGUGGCUGAGCAACCUGAGCCCCGAGAAAGAAUUCCAAGAGCUCACGGCCAGAGGCCUCGACAACCCGGCCGCCUGCGAUGUCGUCGUCGCUUCCAUCAUGGCUCUGUGCUGGACCGUUUCCCUCCUGACGUACAGCACUCUCCGCCUCGCAAUCGGCGCAAAGGCCGGCCUGGAGCUGCCCGAGCGGACCGAUCCCCUCGUCUACUGCGCCAAGAUCGCCGACAUUGUCGACGUCUUCUUCCACCCCUCGGCGGGGACCUUUGGCAUCCAGUCCGCGCCCCUGCCGAUCGGCAUGGCGUUGGUGUAUCUCAACUCGACCGAGGAAGGGUUCAAUUCCGAGACCAAGUGGAAGCUGCUCGGCUUCUUCGGGCGUACGGCGAACAACGGCAUCGGCAUCGGCAAGUUCCUUCUCAGCACCCAGAGGGACGGGCUGGCGGCCAAGACAGCCACGCCGGCCACGCCCGAUGGGAUCAGGACCAAGGCGAAGGGAUGGAUGGGGGUUGCGGCGUAG